AUGACUGAAAGUUCUGUUCGACAAGGCGCCGAGAUUCCGGCAUAUAUUUCAUUGGUUUCAGGCGCCUUUUCCGGGGUUAUUGCCAGACUUUUUGUUGCCCCAGUUGAUGUGAUCAAGAUUCGAAUGCAAUUGCAAUCAAACGCCCGAUUGUAUGGCACCAUAACAUCUACUAUAUCCACAAUAUGGAAAAAUGAAGGUUUCACCGCCUUCUGGAAGGGUAACGUGUCUGCCGAGAUCAUGUACUUGAUCUAUGGAUCUGCCCAGUUUACGAGUUACUCAUUCCUGAAUACGCAUUUAUCCAGAUUUGAGAAAAAGCACUCCAUGAAUAUUCCAACCGCCGUACAUUCGCUCACUAUUGGUGCAAUUGCUGGCUGUGCUGCAACGUGCUCUUCCUACCCGUUUGAUCUUCUCAGAACGAGACUAAUUUCAAACGAGAAGCCACGUUUUGUUUCUCUUUACCGGGAGAUCAAAGACAUUCUGGUAGCUUCUGGGUGUCGUGGAUUUUUUGGCGGUGGUUUCUUAUCUGUUUUAUCGGUUGCAUUAACAACGGGUUUUUCAUUUGCCGGAUACAAUGUGCUUAAAGGUGCCACAUUUGGCACAAUAUUUGAGCCUACAAGUGGUUUGAUAGCCGGUGCAUUGUCCAAAUUUCUUGUUUAUCCGCUUGACCUAUUAAAAAGAAGAAGGCAGAUCACCACAUCCUGCACUGUGUCGCAAACAGCAGUUGGAAUUUUUCAAAAAGAAGGUCUCCGGGGCUUUUAUCACGGUUUAAUACCGUCCAUUGUAAAAUCUGCUCCUACAACAAUGCUAAGUCUCUAUUUCUAUGAGCUAGCCUCUGGCCAGUUGCUAAGGAUGGAAGAAUCAAAAAGAUUAAAUGCAUAG